GUGAGAGAGAGCGAACUAAAUCAUUUGCAGCUCAGCUGCGCUGUAAGAGAAAAGGCGCAGAGUGCGUUUCAUUGCUGCUUUGCCAAUGCAGCGACUUGCCAUGAAACGUACUUGGCCUGGCUAUCUGGUCUCUGGUCUCUGGCACUCACCUGCGUGAUCUGCGGGAUCUGCGGGAUCUAUUCCUGGCAGCAAAAAGCGAAUGCUGCAAUCAGAAUGUGAAAUCUGGCACGGGGCUGCUGAAAAGAGGCAACACAUAAAUAUUGUUAGAAGGAGACCAAUGAAAGCCUUGACGUGUCGCUAAUUAAAUGGAGAGCUACGAUAUAUAUCUAUGGGCAGGAUAAAUCGAAUUGAGAACUUGUCGCCCGGCACUGGCUCUGCCGGCGCGUGGCACAACUCCGCUGCUGCCGCCUGCGCUUGUGGCAUUUGUAUGGACUGUGGAUUGCAGACUGUGCAUUGCAUUGGUUCCGCAUUGGGCAGCUCCAUUGAUCACGUCUAGAACCGAUUACUCAUGCCAGAUGAACGCAAUAAGAAAGCAUCGACAUCGACCCAUCUCCGGGACGGAAGUAGCUGCAGUCUCUCCGUCUCUCGCUCUCACGCUCAUCGCAAAAUGAUAUUGUCAUGCCUUGCGGAGCGAGCAGUGCACGGCCCUGAUAUCGCAGCUCGGGGGCCCUCUUCCGGUCUGUGGGGCACGUGGGGAGAGCACCGCUAGCUAGACCCCAGACUACAGACCAUGCAGCCAGAGAGCAACGGGUCGGGGCUGUGUCUUUGUUUUUGCUCUAGCUUCUGCAAUGCGCUCGCUGUGUCUCGGCCGGCAAACAUUUCUUGUACUUAAAUCACGGCGCGGCCCAUUGGCAUUUAAGUUAUGCAACAUUCUCGAAAGCGAGCGCACUCCAGAGACCAUUUAAGCGCGUCUGCCCCGCUCUAAGCCAACAUUGUCUGACGAGAGGUAAGCGCGGUCGCAGCACCAAAGGACCAACAAAAUAGCAAGGAACACCUGCAGGAAUAGACAGUUUGCAGAGGCCGGAAACGUGUGCUCGUUCGUCAGAUGUCCCCAGUCGUAGUGCGAUAAGUUUAGUUCGUGUUCGUGGUCCACAUCAAGAUUAGCCAAAACCCUCAACCCUCGCCAAGUGGAAGUGAAAGUGAAGUGAAGUGAAGCGACCCGCCAUGACGCACUCCAUCUGGCUGCUGCUGCUGCUUGCGGCUCUGUUCACCCUGGUGAACAGUCGCUCGAUCCGUCAAGUGCCGAACGGCUACUCCGGCGGCCCGCCGCCCCAUUCGCUGCUGCCCAACGGGUACUAUGGACAGCCGUAUGCCUACCAGGCGCCCUACGGUUACGGCUACCAGGCGCCACCGCCAGUGUUCAGUCCACCGGGCAGCUACUACGAUAGUGUCUAUGGCGUCUACAAGCCCUUCCCCGGCGGCGGCAUACCAGUUCGAAUCGAUUAUAACAAUCGUUGCUCGAAGAACUAUUUGGGCAUUAAGCCGCAUCCCGACCAGCAGGAGUACUACUAUGUCUGCCAGCCCAACUGCGUGAUCUUCAGCAAGUGCCCGAAACUAGAGAGCUUCAACUCAAACAGUGGUCGCUGCGUGCAUCGGGUGCAGCCUCAGGCCCCGCCAUGUGUGAAGGAGGGAAGGUUCGCCCAUCCGAGCGACUGCAGGGUCUACUACAGGUGCGACAAGAACGAGUCGCUGCCGUGGCUCUUUGGCUGCCCUUCGGGCACCAUUUUCUCGCCAUUGAAGAGGAAGUGCAUACCCGGCGACGAGUGCCCAUCGACGGAGAUCUCGAACAGCGGCAGCUAUAUACCCGUCAACUGUGAGAUCAAGUUCCCCGAGUGCACGGAGGAGGGCACCUUCCGGUCGCCCACGGACUGCGCCCUCUACUACACCUGCAAGCUGCAGGAGAGCGGCAACUAUCUGCAAACCCGCUUCAAGUGUCCCGGCAGCAACAGCUACGACCCCACACGGAGACUCUGUCGGCCGCGCAGCGAGGUCAGCUGCCACGAUUAUGUGCCGGUGCCACAGGUUGCCUAUCCGCAACUGCCACACUUCUAUCCGUACCCAGCGCCGCCAACGCUUUACGAGGAGGAUGACUACGACACGGCAUCAGGAACAAAGGAGCAGGCCAAUGAGCAACCCAUGUUGAACUCCAAAAUGGUUGAAAAGCCGUCGGUGAAUGUUGUCGUUCUGCCCACGACUACCACAACUACGGCUGCCCCUCCAAGCUAUCCGUCUUAUGAGUUUUCACCGUAUCAAUACGGAUCCCAACCUGCAGCCGAGAGUCUCGUGGAGGAAGAGUCCGCCAACAUCAGAUCCAAGCCGUCGGUCAACAUUGUCGUCCCACCGACAACACCAAAGUACUCCAGCAAGGGAACCACCAAAUACCAGUACAAAAGAUACACCUAUUCUACGGCCAAAAUUAAUGAGGUUACUGAGGCCCCGGAACAGAUGGGAACCCUCAAGGCGCUCAAGGGACAACUGUCCGAGAGGAUUGUCAUUCUGCCAACAUCCACAACACCCGACGCAACGUCAAAGAGCACAACCGUGAAGCGUGAGAGCUCCACCGAAGCACCGACUGUGCCUACAUCGCCUCCGCACUGCGUGCCGCCGGCAACUACUUCGUCAACUGCGGAACCGGUCACUGCCACCACAACCAUAACAACGACUCAAAAACCGUCAACAACGACCACAGUUGAUACGACUACAACUCCGAAAUCAACCACAGUAGGAAGCACAACUGUAAAGCCAGCAUCAACAGUGACGACUCCGAAAACGACAACUGUUACAACCACAACUCCGAAAACAACAGUGACGACUCCGAAAACGACAACUGUUACAACCACAACUACUAAGACAACAGUGACAACUCCGAAAACGACUACUGUUACAACCACUACUCCUAAAACAACAGUGACAACUCCGAAAACGACAACAGUAACAACCACUACUCCUAAAACAACAGUGACGACUCCGAAAACGACAACUGUUACAACCACAACGCCUAAAACAACAGUGACAACUCCGAAAACGACUACUGUUACAACCACAACUCCGAAAACGACAACAGUUACAACCACUACUCCUAAAACAACAGUGACGACUCCGAAAACGACAACAGUUACAACCACAACUCCUAAGACAACAGUGACAACCCCGAAAUCCACAACUGUUACAGCCACAACUCCUAAAACAACAGUGACAACCCCGAAAUCCACAACUGUUACCGCCACAACUCCUAAGACCACAGUUACAACUCCGAAAACGACAACUGUUACAGCCACAACUCCGAAAACAACAGAGACAACCCCGAAAUCCACAACUGUUACAGCCACAACUCCAAAAACAACAGAGACAACCCCGAAAUCCACAACUGUUACAGCCACAACUCCGAAAACAACAGUGACAACCCCGAAAUCCACAACUGUUACCGCCACAACUCCUAAGACCACAGUUACAACUCCGAAAACGACAACUGUUACAGCCACAACUCCGAAAACAACAGUGACAACCCCGAAAUCCACAACUGUUACAGCCACAACUCCUAAAACAACAGUGACAACCCCGAAAUCCACAACUGUUACCGCCACAACUCCUAAGACCACAGUUACAACUCCGAAAACGACAACUGUUACAGCCACAACUCCGAGAACAACAGUGACAACCCCGAAAUCCACAACUGUUACCGCCACAACUCCUAAGACCACAGUAACAACUCCUAAAACGACAACUGUUACAGCAACAACUCCUAAAACAACUACUGUUACAACCGCACCUCCUGAGCCAACGACGACCACUCCGAAAACGUCGACAAUUACAACCACAACUCCUGAAACAACAGUGACAACUCCGAAAUCGACAACUAUUACAAGCACCACUCAGCAGCAAACAACGACAACUCCAAAAUCUUCGACAAUAACUUCCACCACCCAGAUUUUGUCUACUACAACGCCGAAGUCGACGACCCUCUCGACGUCCACAGAACAAACAACAUCGACUACUCUGAAAUCGACAACUAUUACCAGUACCACUGCAAAACCAACAACGACAACUCCGCAACCGACAACUAGCUCAACCACCACACAGCAGACAACAACAACUCCGAAAACUUCGACUAUUAGCACCACAACUCCGAAGCCUACAACAACGACAACAGCAUCGUCAUCAACAAGUCCCCAAGCCUCCAGCAGCACCACACUUCAAGCUACUACAACAACAGCCAAGAGCACGACUGAGGAUGUACCAAUCACGUCUACCGCAGCCAUAAGCACUCCGACGACCACUCCUGCCGGAGAGCAGACGACUGUAACGAAACCAGCCUGCCCCGAUCAUGGAACGACCGAAGAUACAAAAACACAAAACAUUGCAUGUACACAACAACAGCAAACUCAACAGCAAGAACUGCAAGAACAAGAAACACCAAAAAGACAACCAGAACUCACAAAUACAAACACCAACUCCGAAUCAUCCAUAAAUAAGAAUCUGUUGGUGAGGGAGAAAGGUUUGCAGGAGCAGGUGGUGGCCCACAACUUUGUUUCCAGUGAACUGAACCUGGACUACAUGGAUGAUGCGCCAUUGCCGGAAGACGGCCAAGCCGAAGUGGACAAGUUCACGACAGAGGAUCCCAGGACGAAAAAGUCUGCAAUGUCAACGUUGGCAGCGGCUCAUCUACUGGAGAAGCUGUUCCAUGUGAUAUCCACCCCUGCGCCGACUACCAUUCGCACACCGACUCCAGGUGUGACCCUCGCCCAGAUGGCCAGGCACAACCUGGCCACGUCCAAGCCAUUCAUGGCCGAGUCCCUGCGGCUAUCCAUCAAACAGCUGGCCUCAACGCAUAAGCGUUCGAUUCACGAACAGAAUCCCCCCGUGAAUUCCACGAAGGAGGAGCCCGAAGACUCUGAAUAUUAUGACGGCGAUUCGUCCGAGAACUACGCCGAUGAAGCGAAUGAAGUUGUGGAGCAGCAGACCACCAAAGCCAUGGCUAGCACCACAGCAGCCGCUGUAUCCCCGUCGCUAGAGCAGGAACCGAUUGAAGCCACUUCUACCACCACCAGCCGGCCACUGCCAGUUCCUUCUUCAACAACUACUGCCAAACCGAAUGCAACGAUGGCUGGUGAUUCGGAGUACGGCGAUAACUCUCUGGACUCUGACUACGUCAACGACGAGUCUCCGGCUUCGGUCUCAGAGCUGGAAAACGAAGUUCUCGCAGAAUCCAAGAGCUUGGACACUGAAGCACAGAAGCUAAUGCUACUGAGGCUGCUCAAAGAGAAGUUAACCCAUCCAGAGGAGAACAAGAUGUCGAUCCCAAGCACAGAAUCACCACAGAAAAGUCUCCUCAUGAGUUUGCUAAGAAACAAGCUAGGCCAAUCGGAAGAGUCCCAAACAUCCACCACAACCACGGAAACACCGCAAAAAAGUUUCGUCAUGACUCUGCUGAAAGAGAGGCUAAGCCAUCGGCAAGAAACCAAUUCACAAAAGCAGGAUAAUAGAUUUCUGAAUAGCGUACUCAGUGCAGAAGAGAUUGAGAGAGAUCCCGUGUCCAUAUCCACAGCAGCACCUCAGACAACCACAGCCACGGCAGCACCUGAGAUUUCCACAUCCACUUCCACAGCUGUCCCCCAGACAUCAAGCAGCACGAGCACCAGCACCAGCACGCCAGUGCCUGAGGAGACAACGAUCGGAGCAUCGCAUUUGCCGGCAAGAAAUUCGAGCAGUCUCAGCUCUGAAUAUUAUGAUGAUGAGGACUACAAGGAGUACGAUUCGCCGAGCGAUGGAGAGAGCACGGGCCAAGUGAAUGCCACGGAGGGAUCCAUUGAAGGCAAGCAGGAAAUGAUCGAGCAACGGCCAGGCACUGCGAAGCGACACUCCAUCCCGCCAGUGCCGCUGGAGGCGAGCAGCGCGAGUUCUUUUGAGAAUGAACUGACACUGAACUGGAACGACAUGCAAGCCAUGGCUGAGGCUGAUGGGUUUCUGCUGGGGGCAAAUCAUUUUGACAUUUCCACAGCUAGUUCCAUCAAACAAAUACAUCCGCCUCAGGGACUGAGUGCACUGACCACAGAGGGUCCAAGCACAACACAGAAAACAACAGAAACACUAGCAUUAGCCGCAUCAACCACACCGAUUAUAAAUGCAACACCAACAACACCAAAAGCAGCCACAAGUGCAGCAACCACAACAGAAUCGACAACAACAUUAACACCAACCACAAGCAGACGACCGACAGCAGUUGUUGCAACAGCCGAAGAGGCAGCAGCAACAGCAGCAACAGCAGCAACAGCAGCAACAGCAGCAAGACACAAAGAAGUCCUCAGAGUCAACAGCAAGCCUUGGCUGCUGGAGGCACAGAACCAAACUGUACAUCUAACGCCAAUUUCCAUUGCCACUGCACCAAGUGGCAGCCCAGUGAGCCCUGAUGUUAAUCGUUCGUUUCACUCAUUAGUGUCCAACCCCGGCGACUAUGCCACCGAGAAGGUGCCCGAGCUCAUACUGAAGGUGUUUGAGCCCAUCGACUUGAAGAUUGUGUUCUGCCCAAAGUCCUGCGACGAGGACCAUGACCACACAUUUGACCCAGCUGAUAAUUAUAAGAAGUCCAAUUGCUCUGGAAGCUGCGACGAUGACCAGCCGCCGGCCCACCACAGCGUUGACCUGAAGUGGAAGCCGCUGACGCUAAAGGACACCGCCAGCUUUCAAACCAUCACGUAGAUAGGCCCUAAGCCUCCACAACAUUCGAGUUUGUACUUACUGCAAUUCACGUAUUUUGUUUACUUUAAUUACACUUAAUAAA